UUCUGCAAUCGGAUUUUCAUUCCACCACUCCGCAUCGGACCGGAAGGCGAACGUCGUUCAAUUGCUGUGAAACCCCCAAAUCGGAACCCUAUUUUCAAAACCUCGCUUAAUUGACCAACAAUUCGAAUUCGGGGUUCGAAGAAUCAGCGAAGAUGGUGUUAGCACAGCUAGGGGGGAGCAUCUCUCGUGCUCUCCAGCAGAUGAGCAAUGCGACGGUGAUCGACGAGAAGGUUCUGAACGAAUGUCUCAACGAGAUCACCCGCGCUCUUCUUCAAUCCGAUGUCCAAUUCAAGCUCGUCCGCGACAUGCAGACCAAUAUUAAGAAAAUCGUCAAUCUAGAUGACCUUGCCGCCGGUCACAACAAGCGCAAGAUCAUUCAACAAGCUGUAUUUAACGAAUUGUGCAAAAUGCUGGAUCCUGGAAAGCCUUCUUUUACGCCAAAGAAAGGAAAAACAAGUGUUGUCAUGUUUGUUGGAUUGCAAGGGUCUGGGAAAACCACAACAUGUACGAAGUAUGCUUUUUAUCAUCAGAAGAAAGGCUGGAAGCCGGCUUUGGUGUGUGCAGAUACAUUUAGAGCUGGUGCUUUUGAUCAAUUGAAGCAGAAUGCGACCAAAGCAAAGAUUCCCUUCUAUGGAAGCUACAUGGAGUCAGAUCCUGUAAAAAUUGCGGUGGAAGGUGUGGAGAGAUUCAAGAAAGAAAAUUGUGAUCUCAUAAUUGUUGAUACCAGUGGGCGUCACAAACAAGAAGCUGCUCUAUUUGAAGAAAUGCGUCAAGUUUCUGAAGCAACGAAACCGGACCUUGUUAUAUUUGUCAUGGAUAGCAGUAUUGGUCAAGCAGCGUUUGAUCAAGCUCAAGCAUUCAAACAAAGUGUUGCAGUUGGUGCUGUGAUUGUAACCAAAAUGGAUGGUCACGCAAAGGGAGGUGGUGCUCUUAGUGCUGUUGCCGCAACAAAGAGUCCAGUAAUUUUCAUCGGAACAGGAGAACAUAUGGAUGAGUUUGAAGUUUUUGAUGUUAAACCAUUUGUCAGCCGUCUCCUAGGCAUGGGAGACUGGUCUGGAUUCAUGGAUAAAAUUCAUGAAGUCGUGCCAAUGGAUCAACAACCAGAGCUUUUGCAAAAGCUUUCAGAAGGAAAUUUUACUUUGAGAAUUAUGUAUGAGCAGUUUCAGAGCUUGCUUAAGAUGGGUCCAAUUAGUCAGGUAUUUUCAAUGCUUCCUGGAUUUGGUGGUGCUGAAUUGAUGCCAAAAGGGCGCGAAAAGGAAAGCCAGGCUAAACUAAAGCGCUACAUGACCAUGAUGGACUCAAUGACUGAUGAAGAAUUGGAUAGCUCAAACCCAAAGCUCAUGAAUGAGUCACGAAUGAUGCGAAUAGCACGAGGUUCAGGUCGCCGUAUUCAAGAAGUAAUGGAAAUGAUGGAAGAGUACAAACGUCUUGCGAAGGUAUGGAGCAAGAUGAAAGGGCUGAAGAUCCCAAAGAAGGGUGAAAUGAGUGCGCUAUCUCGAAACAUGAAUGCACAGCACAUGAGUAAGGUCCUUCCUCCCCAGAUUUUGAAGCAAAUCGGCGGGAUGGGCGGCCUACAGAGCUUGAUGAAACAAAUGGGUUCAAGUAAAGAUAUGAUGGGAAUGUUUGGGGGCGGAGACAAGUAGAGUGUUUUGAUCAGAAGUUGGUUCGAGCUCUAUGAUUCCAACAGUUCGGGUCAUCUUGCAGAAUGUGUGGCAAUGCCGAGCUUCUUCGUGGAAGAAGAUGAUGGCAACGGAGACUCUUUCACUGGAUUGAUUAAGCCAUCGGACAAAUAUGUAUACUUCAUUUAUUCACUCUAAACACGGUCGCAAUGGUUCGAGCUAAUUAUUUUUACCCCUCUUUUGACUCGGGAAUUCCACCCUCCUCCCCACAAUCCCGCCGCUAUGUACUUUGUUGAAGAUGUUUGAAAUGGAAUAGAGAUUUUACGCUUCUAUGUCAACUAAUAAAAUAGAGAUUUUGUUCAUUUUCUA